CGGCUAGUUUUGUUGUCUUUUUUCUUAGAAUUGUCUUUUUUAAAAGCAUUUUACUACGUUUUUACUGCAUUUACUAGUAUGAGCGAUGUCCUAAAGAGUUCGCAGGAGCGAUCCCGCAAGCGGCGUUUGCUACUGGCGCAAACUCUGGGUUUGUCAAGCGUAGAUGAUCUGAAAAAGGUCCUGGGCAAUGCCGAGGACAUCAACAGCAGUCGCCAGCUGAAUCCCGGCGGGCAGCGCGAGGAGGAGGAUGGCGGAGCCUCUUCCUCCAAGAAGGCGCCCAAUGAAAUCAUCUACAGGGACUCCUCCACCUUCCUCAAGGGAACCCAGUCUUCCAAUCCGCACAAUGACUACUGCCAGCACUUUGUGGACACCGGGCAGCGUCCCCAGAACUUCAUCCGCGAUGUCGGACUAGCUGACCGGUUCGAGGAGUAUCCCAAAUUGAGGGAACUUAUCAAACUAAAGGACAAACUCAUCCAGGACACGGCAUCUGCUCCCAUGUACUUAAAGGCUGACCUCAAAUCGCUGGAUGUCAAGACCCUGGGCGCCAAGUUUGAUGUGAUACUGAUUGAGCCGCCGCUGGAGGAAUACGCCAGGGCAGCUCCCGCGGUGGCCACUGUGGGUGGAGCACCUCGUGUCUUCUGGAAUUGGGAUGAUAUACUUAAUUUGGAUGUGGGCGAGAUUGCAGCCCACCGCUCGUUUGUAUUCCUCUGGUGUGGCUCCUCGGAGGGCCUGGACAUGGGCCGCAACUGCCUGAAGAAGUGGGGAUUCCGCAGGUGCGAGGACAUCUGCUGGAUACGCACGAAUAUCAACAAGCCCGGUCACUCCAAGCAGCUGGAACCGAAAGCCGUCUUCCAGCGCACCAAAGAGCACUGCCUGAUGGGCAUCAAGGGAACUGUUCGCCGCUCCACCGAUGGUGAUUUCAUCCAUGCCAAUGUGGACAUCGAUUUGAUCAUCUCGGAGGAAGAGGAGUUCGGCAGCUUUGAGAAGCCCAUCGAGAUCUUUCACAUCAUCGAGCACUUCUGCUUGGGUCGACGACGUUUGCAUCUGUUUGGCAGGGAUUCGAGCAUCCGACCAGGCUGGUUAACUGUGGGUCCGGAGCUGACAAACUCGAAUUUCAACUCCGAGCUGUAUCAAACGUAUUUUGCCGAGGCUCCGGCCACGGGUUGCACCAGUAGAAUUGAGCUCCUGAGGCCUAAGAGUCCUCCGCCGAAUAGCAAGGUCUUGAGGGGAAGGGGACGCGGUUUUCCACGCGGUCGUGGCAGGCCAAGAUAACCAGAUUUUUACUCAACAACUGCAUGUAUUCUAGUGUCUAAGAUCAAAAUUUGUUAAGGCUAAGAAUAAGAUUAAGAUUAAAGACUAUUGCUGCAGA